ACUUGACACGUGAACAAAUUCUGAUGGAUCUCCUGCAGGAAAGCUAAAACUCGCGGUGCAAUCGAAGUUCCUUUCCCAGGCCUGCCUCGUACUCAGCCAUGCAGCUCCAGGAGUGGUUGCGUUCGCUUUGCUCCCACGCAGGACUCAAAGGCUCCGAAGCGGAGGAGCUGUGGAGUCUCCUGCCGUCCCUGUCGACCUCCUCUCUGCUGGGGCUGGGGGCCCUGGCGUCCCUCACCGUGUACUGGCUGAUGACCCGGCCCCGGCCCGUUCGUCCUCCCUGUGAUCUGCAAGCCCAGUCUGUAGCUGUCGGCGGAGACCCCAGCUGCAGGAGAUCUGCUCUCCUUAAAGAUGACAAUCUGCUGGAGUUUUACUACGAUGACAUCAGGACGGUGUAUGAGAUGUUCCAGAGAGGUCUGAGGAUAUCAGGAGACGGUCCGUGUCUCGGCCACAGGAAGCCGGGCCAGCCCUACGAGUGGAUCUCCUACUCCGAGGUGGCUCAGCAGGCUCAGUGGAUGGGGAGUGGGAUGAUUGCCAAAGGUUGCCAGCAGUUUGUUGGGGUUUACUCUCCAAACAGGCCAGAGUGGGUCAUCUCAGAGAUGGCCUGCUACACCUACUCCAUGGCUCUGGUUCCGCUGUACGACACGCUGGGGACGGAGGCCAUGGUCCACAUCCUCAACCUUGCUGAGAUGUCCCUGGUUGUCUGUGACCGAGAGGAGAGGGCAGCGUUGUUGCUGGAGUGCAAAGAGAAAGGCACAACUCCCAAAGUCUCCUGUCUUGUUCUGUUCAACGACUUCAGCCAAGCCUUUUGGGAGAGGGCGAAGAAGUGCGAGGUGGACGUCCUGAACCGGGAGCAGCUCAUGGAGCUGGGAAAGCAGAACCUCAAAGAUCCUGUGCUGCCCCAGCCUCAGGAUCUGGCCGUGGUUUGCUUCACCAGUGGAACCACAGGGAAGCCCAAGGGAGCCAUGAUCACCCACGGGAACAUCGCCUCCAAUACUUCCUCUGUCAUUAAGAUCCUGGAGGGUUCGUUUGUGAUCCGUCAAGAGGAUGUGUCGAUCUCUUACCUGCCUCUUGCCCACAUGUUCGAGAGGAUGAUCCAGCUCACAAUGUACUGCUACGGAGCCCGAGUGGGGUUCUUCCAGGGUGACGUUUCUCUUCUCAUGGACGACAUUAAGACUCUCAAACCGACCCUCUUCCCCGUUGUGCCCCGCAUUCUUAAUCGCAUCUACGACAAGAUCCUGGGUUCGGUGACCUCUCCGUUUCAGCGGGCUCUGCUCCACUACGCUGUCAGGAGAAAGCAGGCCGAGCUCUGUAGAGGGAUUGUGCGCAACGACAGUCUGUGGGAUAAACUGGUGUUCAAGAAAAUUCAGGCCAGUUUAGGAGGUAAUCUCCGGUUUGCCUUGACUGCCUCAGCACCCAUCUCCUGCACGGUGUUGUCCUUCCUCAGAGCCACUAUGGGCUGCAUGAUAUGUGAGGGUUACGGACAGACAGAGUGCACUGGAGGCUGCACUUUCUCUUUAAUAGGAGACUCCAGCACAGGUCAUGUUGGAGCGCCUUUGCCAUGCGCUAUGGUGAAGGUGGUGGACAUCCCUGAUAUGAACUACUUUGCUAAGAAUGGAGAAGGAGAGAUCUGCAUCCGCGGCCCCAGUGUGUUCAAGGGUUAUCUGAAGGACCCGGAGAGGACAGCGGAGGCCUUGGACAGCGACGGCUGGCUCCACACUGGGGAUGUGGGCCAGUGGCUUCCAAACGGCACGCUGCGCAUCAUCGACAGAAAGAAGCACAUCUUCAAGCUGUGCCAGGGAGAGUACGUCGCUCCAGAGAAGAUAGAGAACGUCUACAUGCGUUCUGUUCCCGUCCUCCAGGUGUUUGUGCAUGGAGACAGUUUGCAGUCCUAUGUCGUAGGUAUAGUUGUUCCUGACAGAGAAGUGUUUGUUGAAUGGGCUAAGGAGCGGGCCUUUGUGGGGUCCUACCAGGAACUGUGUCAAAAUCCAGAUGUAAAGAACGCAGUAUUAGAAGACAUGAGGGCUGUGGGGAAAGAAGCAGGGCUCAAGUCCUUUGAACAGGUGAAGGAUCUUUAUUUACAUCCGGAGAUGUUUAGCAUCGCCAACGGACUUCUCACGCCCACCCUAAAGAGCAGGCGCGCCGACAUCCGCAGGGUGUUUCAAGAACAGCUAGCGAACAUGUACAAGACUCCGAUUUAACUGUGUCUACAAAAGGAAAUACUGUCCAUGGUACCUGAAGAUAAUUAGUGGUGAUAUUUUGUUUUUCAAACACUUUUAACUCCACUUGAUAUUUGAUUGAAUUUCACUCGGAUGUUUUGUGGUAACUGGAUUUUUUGGUCAGUGCGUCCAAGCAUUCACAAUCUCACCGUUCACUCUAAUGCCUUCCUAUUAGUCACCGGUAAUAGGAACUGCUAUUAGUUGUAGAAAGCAGAAUAACAAAUAUGAUUAUGAAGUCACCUUCAGAGGCAGUUUCACAUUUUCAUCAUGCUGCACUUCUUUCUAGGAGAUUUAAGGGUCUGUGUGUACAAGGGACAUUUUGCUCAUGAAAGCUAGAUUGCUUGUAGAUUUGUGUUGUACAGUUGUUGGCGACUUGUAUAAGCAUACUUUGUAAAAGUGUUUAAACCCCUUGAACUUUUCAUGUCUUGUCAUCUUACAGCCAUGGAUUGUUAUGUAUUUCACUGGGAUCUUAGUAAAGCAACGAAAUGCAGGAGGCCUACAAAACGUCCAUGUAAAAUUCCUGCUUUUCCACGGUCGGUAUUCAAUUUUUUUGAAUAGUACCAAAUAGUUGAGUUUUACGUUUUCACCCUAAAUAUCAUGAAGCAACACUUUUGGCAUUGUGGUAAAGAGCUACUUUUGCCAGCUAGACAAACUUUGAUCAGUCAAAAUUGAUACUUAUAAAAUGUGAACUAGAUUAUGUCAGAUUUAAUGGACAUAACUUUUAGUCCCUCGUAUCAGUUCUUUGGCAUCUUAACCAAACCCACAUCUUAACAACUUUUGAGUUCAUUUUAAAACUCUGAAGUAGAUCUAGAAGCUUAAUGAAGAGCUGAAAUAUUUUUUUUAUUGUUGAAUGAGUACCGUACAUUUAUCUGCAACACAUGAGCUUUUAUGGUUUCUUUUAGCAAUAAUUUUAAUUAUGCCAUCCACCAUUGCACUGGAUUAUGUCAUACGUUAAAUAUAUAUAUAUAUAUAUAAACACCAUGCAGUUUUAUGUUUUAAAUAAUGGCAAAAACUAAAAGCCCAAUAAAAUGCGUUGAUAUUUGUGGUUGUAACUGUGAGAGGUUUUAGGGGUGUGAAUGCUUUGAGGGUUUUCACAGCUCAGUGGUAAGACCUGUACAGAGGAUAUCUUAAGUUAAGCUCGUCAGAAUAAAAGAUCAUUUCAAUCUGCAGUGAUAAAUAAAAUAUGAACUGGUAAACCUG